GUAUGUUAGGUACUCGACAACGAGUACCUAUUUAUCUUACAUAAGCACUUGUACGUGUAGAGUAGAUAAUACGAUUAUAUCCAUCGGUAGUACCGAUACAAUGACAAAUCUGAUAAAUCUAACCUGGUAACAAAAUCGGUGAGAUGCAGGUUAAAAUGAAACGUGCACUUUUAUUGGUCUCGUGUUUUCUGUUGAACGAUUGCUGGGCUGAUGAUCCGGUCAUCAACAACAAAACGUUCCCUUCGGAUUUCUUAUUCGGCACCGCGACAUCGGCCUAUCAAAUUGAAGGCGCCUGGAACCUGGACGGCAAGGGCGAGAACAUCUGGGACAGAGCCAUCCACACCAAUCGCAGCUUCACCAAAAACGGCGACAGCGGCGACGUGGCCUGCGACUCGUACCACCUCUACAAAGAGGACGUGCAGAACCUGCAGUACCUAGGAGUCAACCACUACAGGUUCUCCAUAUCGUGGUCGAGGCUGCUGCCCGACGGCCUCGCCCAUCGCGUCAACCAAGCGGGCGUCGAGUACUACCGCAACCUCAUCGCCGAGCUGCGCAAGAACCACAUAGAACCCUUCGUGACGCUGUUCCACUGGGACCUGCCGCAGACGCUGCAGGACCUCGGCGGGUUCCCCAACCCCGAGUUCGUCCGGUGGUACUCCGAGUACGCCCGGCUGUGCUUCCAGCUCUUCGGCGCCGAUGUGAAGUACUGGAUGACGUUCAACGAGCCCAAGCAGACGUGCACGAGAGGGUACGGCGUGGGUGACUACGCCCCGGCGAUCCAGUCGCCCGGUGAGGCGGAGUACCUGUGUGUCAAGAACCUGCUUUUAGCUCAUGCCACCGCUUGGAAUAUUUACCAAAAGGAUUUCAAGGCGAAGUACGAAGGUGAGGUGGGGAUUGUGAUCGAUUCGAAUUGGUGGGAACCAGAAAAUAGUACUGAUGUCGACGACCAGCAAGCGUCUGAAACUAUGUUGCAGUUUACGAUUCCCUUCCACACCCACCAAGAAGUUUCCCCUUCAAUCAUCAACCUCCUCACCACCACGACCACCACACCAGAACAUCUUCAACAACAUCCUCAAGAACAAUCCCCAGCACAUCUUCAACUCGCUCUUCAACGCUUCCAGUUCGGCCUCUACGCCAAUCCCCUGCACGCCGGCGACUUCCCCGACCUGGUGAAGAACAAGAUCCUCUCCAGGAGCCGCGCCCAGGGCUUCCAGGCGUCCCGCCUGCCCGCCUUCACCGACGCCGAGCGGCGCCUCCUGAAGGGCUCCUACGACUUCUUCGGCGUCAACAUGUACUCCUCGGCGCUGGUGACGCCCGAACGGGAUCCCGACCCCGAGGCCAUGGGGUACAAGGCGGAUUCGGAGGUGAGGAGCUGGUUCGAUCCCAGCUGGGAGAAGGGCGCCUCCAGCUGGCUGGUGGUGACCCCUUGGGGCGCCAGGAAGCUGCUCAAAUGGAUAGCGGGGGCCUACGGGAAUCCCAAGGUGUAUGUUACGGAGAACGGGUACUCGGAUUUCAAUGGGACUUUGGAGGAUGAUGGUACUAGGGUGAAAUACAUCCAGCAAUAUUUGAGUAGUAUCAAAGAUGCAAUGGAUGAAGAUAAGGUGAAUGUUAAAGGUUACACCGUGUGGAGUUUGAUGGAUAAUUUGGAAUGGCUGUUUGGAUACACGAAUAAAUUCGGUUUGUUCCAAGUGGAUUUUGAUGAUCCGAAGAGGACCAGAAAGCCCAAGAACUCGGCGAAAUUCUAUAAGAAACUGAUCGAGACUCGGUGUCUGGUGGAAAAAUGCGAGUAAAGUACUUAAUUGAUUGGUUUUUUUUGGUACUAUUUUGUUUCAAUAAAAAAAUAUCUGUAUCUAGUGAUCUAUGUGUUUUAGUGAGAAUAUUAGACUAUAA